AUGGUUACCACAUUAUCUUAUUCUCAAAGAGCAGAAGCUCACCCUUCUCCAUUGGCAAAGCGUUUAUUCAAUGUUAUGGAAUCAAAAAAGUCAAACUUGUGUGCUUCAAUUGAUGUUAGAACUACAAAAGAAUUUUUACAAUUAGUUGACACAUUAGGUCCAUAUAUCUGUCUUGUCAAAACUCAUAUCGAUAUUAUUGAUGAUUUCUCAUUCGAAGGUACCAUUAAACCAUUGAAAGAAUUAGCACAAAAGCACAAUUUUUUAAUCUUUGAAGAUCGUAAAUUUGCUGAUAUAGGGAACACAGUCAAAGCACAAUAUGCAGGUGGUGCUUUCAAAAUUGCAACUUGGUCUGAUAUCACAAAUGCUCAUGGUGUUACUGGUGCUGGUAUCGUUAGUGGAUUGAAAGAAGCUGCUAAAGAAGCUUCUGAUGAACCAAGAGGGUUGUUGAUGUUGGCUGAAUUGAGUUCAAAAGGUUCAUUAGCCAAAGGUGAAUAUACUAAACAAACUGUUGAUAUCGCUAAAACUGAUAAAGAUUUCGUUAUUGGUUUUAUUGCUCAAAAUGAUAUGGGUGGUAGAGAUGGAGGCUUUGAUUGGUUAAUUAUGACCCCAGGUGUUGGUCUUGAUGAUAAAGGUGAUGCCUUAGGUCAACAAUAUAGAUCCGUUGAUACCGUUGUUUCAACUGGUAGUGAUAUCAUUAUUGUUGGUAGAGGUUUGUUCGGUAAAGGAAGAGAUCCAAAUGCUGAAGGUGAACGUUACAGAGCUGCUGGUUGGAAUGCCUAUUUGAAAAGAACUGGUCAAAUAUAG